GGGGGCAGGAGCCAGUGCGUUAGAGACCUGAGCGAGGGCGACUCAGAGAGCAAGGCGCCUCCCGAGGGGGUGGGCGUGGAAGCGGAGGCGAGACCUGGAGCCCCCAGAGGCAGUGACAGAGGGCGCUGCUGGCCAGAGGACCCCAGGGAUACAGCCAGGGGGAACCAGGGGCAGAGAGGCGCCUUCAGGGGCGGGAACCGGGGAGGCAGAUCCCCGUGGGAGGUAGUUCACCGGUCCAGACUGAGAGCGCGCCUGGAGAGCAGACUGUCAGAGGACAACGGCCCCCAGGUGGCCUGGAAGACCCCGGAGCGACCCUGGGGGCGGCCUGGACCCUGCUCCAGCCCAGGCAACCUCUCUCUGGUUGGGGACGAUGGAGACGGGGACCCCACAGGUCCUCCUCCUCCUCCUCUUCCUCCCGCUGCUGCCGCCCCUCAGGGCCUCGGCGGGGAGCCUGCACAGCCCAGUCCUGUCCGAGUGCUUCCAGGUGAAUGGCGCCGACUACCGCGGCCACCAGAACCGCACAGGGCCCCGCGGGGCUGGCCGCCCGUGCCUCUUCUGGGACCAGACGCAGCAGCACAGCUACAGCAGCGCCAGCGACCCCCAGGGCCGCUGGGGACUGGGCCCGCACAACUUCUGCCGGAACCCAGACGGCGACGUGCAGCCAUGGUGCUAUGUAGCUGAGACAGAGGAAGGCAUAUACUGGCGCUAUUGCGACAUCCCCACGUGUCACAUGCCGGGGUACCUGGGCUGCUUCGUGGAUUCGGGGGCCCCCCCGGCUCUCAGCGGCCCCAGCGGCACCUCGACAAAGCUCACGGUGCAGGUGUGCCUCCGCUUCUGCCGCAUGAAGGGCUACCAGCUGGCGGGCGUGGAGGCCGGCUACGCCUGCUUCUGUGGCUCCGAAAGCGACCUGGACCGGGGACGCCCGGCCCCAGCUACCGACUGCGACCAGAUUUGCUUCGGCCACCCAGGCCAGCUGUGUGGCGGCGAUGGGCGCCUGGGCAUCUACGAAGUGUCCGUGGGCUCCUGCCAGGGCAACUGGACCGCGCCUCAGGGCGUCGUGUACUCCCCGGACUUCCCCGACGAGUACGGUCCGGACCGCAACUGCAGCUGGCUGCUGCGCCCGCCGGGCGCCGCACUGGAGCUCACCUUCCGCCUCUUCGAGCUGGCCGACCCGCGCGACCGGCUGGAGCUGCGCGACGCCGCCUCGGGCAGCCUGCUCCGCGCCUUCGACGGCUCCCGCCGGCCGCCGCCCGGGCCGCUGCGCCUGCGGGUCUCCGCGCUGCUGCUCACCUUCCGCAGCGACGCGCGCGGCCACGCGCAGGGCUUCGCGCUCACAUUCCACGGGCUGCAGGACGCCGCUGACAACCCGGCGCCCGAGGGCUGGGCCCAGACCCCCGCAGCGCCCCUCGACGGGGCCAACGCGAGCUGCAGCCCCCGGCCCGGGGCUCCGGAGGCCGCGAUGGGGGCCCGGGUCUUCCCGACGGUCGCGGCCGUCUCCGUGCUGCUGCUGCUGCUGCUGCUGUCGCUGCUGCGCCUGCUGCGCCGACGGAGCUGUCUGCUGGCUCCGGGAAAAGGGCCCCCGGCGUUGGGGCCUUCGCGGGGCCCCGGGAGAAGCUGGGCUGUGUGGUACCGCCGGCCUCGAGGGGUGGCCCUGCCCUGCCCCCCCGGGGACCCUCAGGCUGAGGGUCUAGCGGCGAGUUACCGGCCCCUGAGCGCCUCCAGCCAGAGUUCCCUGCGCUCGCUCAUCUCUGCUCUCUGACUCCGGACCCUCUGCAAGCGGGAUGGACACCCGAGACUCCAUGCCGCACUCAGCGCUGACCUUCUGCCCCGUUAAGGGCAGCUGGGUCUCUGGUCAUCCCGUGGAGGCCAGACGUUGGACCGGAAGCAUCUGGUGCUGUUGAGAACUUGGUCUGACCCUCAGGGGCCAGAUGGCAGAGGCCAAAGGGCAAGAGGAUCCCAGCUCCCCUUCCUCAUGAACUUUGAUAGAGGGGUCUCUGAUUUCAGUUGGCUUCCAGAGCCUCUUGGGGUGGUCCUGGACUGCUGCCCUAAGUGAAAUGUGAGAGGUCAAGGAAAGCAGUCAAAAGACCAACCAUAGACUUUGAAUAAAGGACCUAUUUUGA